GUAAGCAGUGACUCCUUGAGACAUCAGAAAACAACAGCAUAUGACGAGUAAGGGGAGGGGAAGGCAUGAGCAUAUUCCCCGCCCGCAGCAGACAAGUGUUAAAAACCUCGAAGGGCAGUUUCAAACCAUUAUUACUGGAGAAAACGUAAUUAGUGGUACUUAGUGUUACGUAUGUAAAGGAGUAUUAGUGGCUCUGUAACUGUAUGUAAACGUUGUUGAGGGAAUUUAGAAGCUGAAACUGAAAGCAUCGGUCGAAAGGUUUUGCACCACAUUCACAAUGAGAUCUCUCAUACUUUUUGCCGUGGUUAUUGUAGCAGUGUCGCCCGUCUACCCUCAGUCUAACCUAUCUUCUGUUGCGGAAGUCUUCUCGGAUAUCGGAGUUCAAGUCUUUGGCUUAGUGACAAAGUCAAAACCUCAGGAAAAUGUUGUUCUGUCACCCUAUGGGAUUUCUUCAAUUCUUGGAAUGUUGAUGUUGGGGGCUGACGGUCUUACAAAGAAGCAGUUAGCCACAGCAAUGAGGUAUAACAUAAAUGCAAGAUCAUCAAAAGUACUGAAAAAGCUACAGAAAGCCUUACUCACCAGGAAGAACAAAGAUAUAAUAACCAUUGCUAACGCAGUGUUUGCACAAGCUGGCUUUAAAAUGGAAAAAUCGUUUGUCACUGACAAUAAAGCCCUGUUUCACUGUGAUGUUAAAAGUUUGGACUUUAGUGACACAGCUGAUGCAGCAGCAAAAGUCAACCAGUGGGUCCAGAACCAAACUAGAGGUAUGAUCAAAGACCUCAUUCAGCCACAUGUGUUGGAUAACGUGUUCACCAGAUUAGUAGUGGUUAAUUCCAUUUAUUUUAAAGGCUUGUGGAAGUCUCAUUUCCAGGCUGAAAAUACAAAGGUGCGUGGUUUUACUGGUCCCGAUAAGGUGACAUACCAAGUACCCAUGAUGACACAACUGAAUAUGUUUAAUUAUGGUUCAGCUAGCACUCCUAGUGGACUCUUGUACAACAUACUUGAACUGCCGUAUCACGGACAGAUGGUCAGCAUGCUGAUUGUACUUCCAGUGGAUAGCAGUACCCCUCUCUCUGCCAUCAUUCCACAUAUCAGUACUAAAACUGUGCAGAGCUGGAUGUCUUCCCUGAGUCAGCGGAGAGUUCAGAUCAUGAUUCCUAAGUUCACAGCUGAAUCAGAGCUUUCAUUGGAAGAACCCCUUUCAGCACUUGGCAUUACUGAUAUGUUUCAGGAGUCCAAAGCAAACUUUGCAAAGAUAACAAUGUCGGAGCAGCUUUAUGUGUCUUAUGCCCUGCAGAAGGCCAAAAUAGAAGUAAAUGAAGAUGGAACUAAGGCAUCAGCUGCAACAACCGCUGUUUUAAUGGCAAGAUCGUCACCUCCAUGGUUUAUAGUGGACAGACCAUUCCUUUUCUGCAUUCGACAUAACCCUACAGGUUCCAUUCUGUUUAUGGGACAGAUUACCAAACCAUGAGGAGCCAUUUCAGAAGAUCUGAAUAAAUCUUCAAAAAGGGAGAGAAAACUACAUCUUGAGUCUUCUUUCUUUGUAAAGCCCAUUGAUGUUCCUAAUUCAGAACACAUGUAACCUAUUUUUUUGGAGUUUCUGAAAUGUGCUUUUUUUUCUAACAGUCUGGACUGUAGUAAUUUGAGUUGCAGCCGGUGCCAAGAAUCUGUUUUGGAUGUUUACAGCAAAUGCCUGGGACCAUUUCUUAAAGAAACUCCUUUUUUUCCUUUGAAAGUAUCUUUGUACUACUGAAUAAUCUCUAAUAAAUGACACCAAUCGAUGGUGAACUUUUAUUAUGCAUUUGUUUAAAUGGGGGUAUUUUUUAUAUUUUUUUAUUUUGGGAGCAGAGGCUUGUAGAUCUCAUUUUUAAGUCUGAUUAGAUGUAAGUUCAUCCGUUCCUCUUUUUCUGAUAAGCCACUAGUGAGGCUCUUGCUAUAAUCACACAACAGUCUGUUUUUAAUGUUUCGUAAUCUUAUUGUAGGAAAUAUGUAUUCAUUUACUAAAACAGUAUUGACAAAUGUUAUUGGAAUGUGAAGUUAGCCAUGUUAAUUCCCUUCUGACUGAAUUACCAGUUGUAGGGGUUCCAGUAAAAUGUUCUGUCAAAUCUGAUUGGAAUUGAGAGUUCUUAUUCAUCUUGUUAGAGUAAUAAUCUGCACUUUGCUCCAACAAUAGUAACUUGCACUUACUUCUUUUAAGGUCCUUCAGCUGCAAUGACCUCCCUUUUUAUUGAUGUGGUCCCACAAAUGUGGCACCUAUCCCCCCUUCUUUGGAGAACAGAAAGACUGCUGCAGCCACUUUAGCCAUAUUUUGAACUGCAUCUUGCCUGCUUUCCGAUCAUAACCCCCCCCCAUGGCAUUGUCUUCCUUUACUUUGUAGCAUCUCUAGUUUCUAAGGCUGCAGUAUUGACAUAAAAACCUUUCAUGGUGCUACUAGAGGAUCACUCUUACAAGAUAAAAGAUAGGAAGGACAGUUGUAAAAUCAUUGCAUUAAUGUCUCUUGUGUAAACAAACUCUUCUUUGUGCUUGCCAGAGCUACACUCAUCUCCUAUCUUCGUAAUACCUUCUUUUAGUACCCAUUAAAGUCCCAUGGCUGUAACCUUACCCCAUAUCUACCUAUCUGGUCCUCAUAACCUCAGGCUUUGUGACCCAUUUGAAAGGAAAUAAUUGCAUUAUAUCCCUUGACUUAGAAAAUGCAUACAUAAUGUCCCAUAACUGUAAACUACAGGUUUUGUCUCCAAUAUCGUUAUUGCAGUGCUGAUUCUGCUUUGACUUGUCAAACGUGCAUAUCUGUAUGAUCUGUAUAAGUAGAUUCUAAAAGUAAUUCAAAAGUAACUACUUUAAAAUUUGUAAGUCUGUUUGCCAUUUAUAUCAUGGAAACAGAUUCAUAGAGCACAGGAAUUAUUCUGUACUUGCACAAUUAUGAGUAAACUACUUUUACCAUUUGUAUAAUGGAAAAUGCUCAGUGGAGCAUAGGAAUUCCUAUGCAUUCUCACAAAAUUACUGGGUAUAUGUUUUCUAGGAAGCUCCUAAUGAUUUGUGGUGAGCAGAGGGAAUAAAUACAGUUUGGCUUGUGUUGUGUUUAUUGUUUAUAGCUUGAAGUUUAUGAUAAAGUCAAAGGAAAUAACAGUACCAGCCUUCUUACCCCUGGCGUGUUUUAUUUUAUUAAACUACAUCACUUUAUAUUACAUGUUUUAUAAGUUCUACAAUAACAGUACUAGCCUUCUUACCCCUGGCGUGUUUUAUUUUAUUAAACUACAUCACUUUAUAUUACAUGUUUUAUAAGUUCUACAAUAACAGUACCAGCCUUCUUACCCCUGGCAUAUUUUAUUUUAUUAAACUACAUCACUUUAUAUUACAUGUUUUAUAAGUUCUACAAUAACAGUACUAGCCUUCUUACCCCUGGCGUGUUUUAUUUUAUUAAACUACAUCACUUUAUAUUACAUGUUUUAUAAGUUCUACAAUAACAGUACCAGCCUUCUUACCCCUGGCGUGUUUUAUUUUAUUAAACUACAUCACUUUAUAUUACAUGUUUUAUAAGUUCUACAAUAACAGUACCAGCCUUCUUACCCCUGGCGUGUUUUAUUUUAUUAAACUACAUCACUUUAUAUUACAUGUUUUAUAAGUUCUACAAUAACAGUACCAGCCUUCUUACCCUGGCGUGUUUUAUUUUAUUAAACUACAUCACUUUAUAUUACAUGUUUUAUAAGUUCUACAAUAACAGUACCAGCCUUCUUACCCUGGCGUGUUUUAUUUUAUUAAACUACAUCACUUUAUAUUACAUGUUUUAUAAGUUCUACAAUAACAGUACCAGCCUUCUUACCCCUGGCGUGUUUUAUUUUAUUAAACUACAUCACUUUAUAUUACAUGUUUUAUAAGUUCUACAAUAACAGUACCAGCCUUCUUACCCCUGGCGUGUUUUAUUUUAUUAAACUACAUCACUUUAUAUUACAUGUUUUAUAAGUUCUACAAUAACAGUACCAGCCUUCUUACCCCUGGCGUGUUUUAUUUUAUUAAACUACAUCACUUUAUAUUACAUGUUUUAUAAGUUCUACAAUAACAGUACCAGCCUUCUUACCCCUGGCGUGUUUUAUUUUAUUAAACUACAUCACUUUAUAUUACAUGUUUUAUAAGUUCUACAAUAACAGUACCAGCCUUCUUACCCCUGGCGUGUUUUAUUUUAUUAAACUGCAUCACUUUAUAUUACAUGUUUUAUAAGUUCUACAAUAACAGUACCAGCCUUCUUACCCCUGGCGUGUUUUAUUUUAUUAAACUACAUCACUUUAUAUUACAUGUUUUAUAAGUUCUACAAUAACAGUACCAGCCUUCUUACCCCUGGCAUGUUUUAUUUUAUUAAACUACAUCACUUUAUAUUACAUGUUUUAUAAGUUCUACAAUAACAGUACUAGCCUUCUUACCCCUGGCGUGUUUUAUUUUAUUAAACUACAUCACUUUAUAUUACAUGCUUUAUAAGUUCUACAUUGUUAAAUUGGUUGAACAGUAUUACAAAAAUAAGAGUUGCGAGGGUGGCCUAAUGGCUAAGGUCUUUGUCUUACAAACAUAAGGUGCAGGGUUUGAGUCUCACGAGGGAUAAUUGGCUAGGCUUAAAAUGGCUCACAAGGGCAGUUAGCUUAGUACUAAUCUAUAAACCUAUAAGAGAGUAUUUAUUGUUUUUCUAACUGCAAUGGGCAAAAUAAGAUCUGCAUCCAAGAAUAAAAUUCAGUGGUCAUACACUCUAUUAUUGCAGCUACAGACUAGGUAUUUGUGAAUGUAUUCAUCACUGUACCAUGAAAGUAAGGAACAGAUGUGCAUCUAAGAAUCAAAAUUUAAGUGCAUCCACUAUCUUGUGUCUGAUAAUGUUUUAGUCAUGAAUGGAGACCUGACGGUAGUAGGUACAACAUGCUAAGAGAUCACGGUUACUGGUGGAUCACUGUUAUUUUUACCUUAUAAGUAUUGGGAGGAUUUCUAAAUCCAUAUAAACACAAGCUAGUCAUAUAAUAUGAACUUUUUAAAAGACAAUAAUGUCUCAACUGUUAACUGUAGGGGAAUAUCAGACUCGCAUACUGGCAAUGUAGUAGGAGGAACAAGUUGCAGUAAAUGACAAAGACUAGGAAAAAUCACUCUGACAAAAAAAGCCUAACUUGUUUUCUAGAUGGCUACAGUUUUGUCUGUUGACUAGUUUGCAAUAAAUAUACAAAGUUAACAAAUUUGCAUUUGCUUUUAGGACUGAUUAGCUGUCGUUAAGAACACUUGUUCUUGUAUAACUCUACAGGGAAAUUCAUUAUUUGUGACUAGAUGAACCAUGAAGAGAACACAUGGUAGAUUGAUGUUAUUUAUACAUUUGUAUAAAAUGGUGAUGGGCAGGUUUACAUGAACACUUGAUUAACAGAAAUCUUAUCCUAUGUAGUGUCAGCAUAUAGUAACUACUGUAACAGCUACAGCAAAAAUGUGAAAUUCCAGGCAGUGUUGUAGUACAUGGGCAUAUCUUUAAAAUGCUGUGGCUGUUCUAAUGCUUUUGAGUAGGAGUUGUACAUUGAAUAUGGCAUGGAGAAACAAAAGAUAUGCUACGAGAAAAUGUCUUCAUAAAUUCUUUUUUAUUGGCAGACAAAACGUUGCAACAUUUUAAGUACAUGUUAGCAAAAGGAUUAUGUUUUAUUAAAAAGUGGUGUGUAUCUCUUAUUUGGUCAAAACUGUUACAGCUGAACAAGGUUCUUUCUGGUUCGUCCUGUAAAGUGGGGUGCAUUAAUCAAAUUGCAUGAAUUACUGUUGAUGGAACGUUACCAUUUUAAAUGUGUUAUCAGAAUGAAUAAAGUUUUCUGUUGUA